GGAGCAGGGCUGCACUGUGAUGGGCUGCCUCUCCCCCAGGCGAAGGUGACGGAGGAAUGCUCGCAGUACGAGUUCGAGAACUACAUGAGGCAGCAGCUGCUCCUGGCCGAGGAGAAGAACACUUUGCACGAGGCCAAGAGCUUCCUGCAGAAGCGGCAGUUUGGGAACAUCCCCCCCGUGCGCCGCCUGGGCCACGACGCGCAGCCCAUGAACCCUCUGGAUGCGGCCAUCCUGGCCCAGCGCUACCUGCGGAAGUAGCUUCCACACCUCUGGGAGCAGAGCACGCCCUGCAGCCCGCUCCCACACUGCAGCCCAGCAGCAAUACCGGUGUCCCACGGCGGAGAAUCAUGUAGCAGUUCUGAGCUCUGCUCGGGGACGCGCUCUGGAGGGAGAAGACUUUUCACAAAGCUCCUUUUGGAAGCAGCGGCCUCUCGGCGUCUUCUGGAAUCUCUGUUUUUAAAUCGAAGCCUAGGUGACUAAUCUGCUUCUAAUCACGACUGUAAUCUACCUCUCUUGUCUUUUUAACCGUGCUGUUCUCUGGACCGAGCAAAGCCCGUGGGGAAGGAGACUCCCAGGGUGAAGCUGGCUUGCUGGCACGAGAGUUUGCGGCUGUGUAGCAUGGAGAGUCGGCCGAUUGCAUUCGCUCCAUAUGGUUUGAAUAAGCUUAGAUUUAUCCGGGUUUCUUGAAAGUAAGAAUUUCCUGAAGCCUCCCACUUUCCCCCUCCACCCCCCUCCAUCUGCAUCGAAUCUUUUUCUGUUCUUACCGUGCCCCCUGGUGUUACUGCACUGCCCUGGGUGGUGGCGUGUGGGUGGGAGGACCAGCAGCCCCCCAUCACCCAGCAGUUCAUCACCAACAGCCCUCACCCGGUGGCACAGGGAUGGGAACUGUCACUGCAGGCCGUGGCUGUGCAGACCCUCCUCUCCCCCUGUGCCCGUGGUUGACUGGGGGCUGCACGGCACUCAGCCCUGCGUGGCCUUUUGCCCUCUCCCCCCCCUUUCCCCAGCUUCUUUUAGUUUCGUUAAGAAUACACGUAUUUUAAUCUUUUUUUUUUUUUUUUUCCCUGUAGCUUAUCCGAGGUGCAGUUAAAGUUGCAUUAAUUCUGACCUAGCAUUUUCACACUUCAGUUGUGGUACAGAUCUAAUAUAUGGGUUAUAAUGUGAACGAGCUGCCCCCCAUCAUCCAUCCGAGCUCUGUGCUCCAGUGGGGUGAGCAGCAGCUCAGGUGUAGCAUUGCCUUCUCUUGCCCCUCGUGGGGCUGCUGCCUGCUCAUGGCUGGAGCAGCAGGCGUUUCUCCCCUCGCCGCAGCCCCCAGCUGAGCCAGUAGCUUCAAGUCUUCGCCUUAUUUAUUGAGCUGACAGAUCUGUCCCCUGCCCCACCGCCCUCCCCUCUCCUCCCCGUUUCUUUUCUCUUCCGUUUCCCAAAGUCAAAGCAAUACUCUGGGGCCUGUGAUACGGAGUGCCAUCGCCGGGGGAUCACAGCUGUGCUACAGUGGACUGGAAUUGGGGGGAGGGGGGGGAACACGAGUGGUGCGCUGGGGAGCGGUGUGUGGCACGCUGUGGGGAAAGGUUCCUAUUGUAAGGAAAAGGAAGGAAAAAAAAAAAAAAGAAAAAAAAAUUGUAUAAAGAUGUUAUUUUUGUACUACAUCGAACCUCCUCCUGCAUGUCGGCAAUAAAAGUUGGUACUGAGAGCCAGGUGCUCCAUGAGCCCGGGGGGGGAGCGGUGCCCCAUAGCCGUGUAGGGCCCCCAAUCCAUGUGGGGCUGGGGGCGCGCAGCUGUGGGUCCUCGCUGUUGGGCUGCUGUGCUGCACUCCUAUGGGACGAGCAGCCGUGUGGGUGCCAUUGCGGUGGAGCAGAAUGGUGAUGGCAAUCAGAGCGUGGUCAGCACGGAGUGCGGGGAGCCCUGGGCUCAGGAUGGCCCCACAGCAGUGGUUUGUGGCUGAAGGAUUAUUGCAGCUCGUCCUAUCAGUGCUGCAGGGACGUGCAGGUAAGGAGACCCUCAUUCUUGCAAGUUUUAAGGGGUGGGCGUCUCGCUGUGUUUAUGGUGGAGGGAACCUCAGCCUCAUAGAGCAGCACAGGAGGUGCCCCUCAACCCCAAAGCUGUGUGUAGGGGAGCUCCAGCACUGUGUGGGGUCCCAGCCUUGCCGUGCAGUGGUGCCUCCCAAACAGCCUGAGCAGCAGAUGGGACCGGGAUGGGACUGGGCCUAUGGCUGGGAAUAGGACAAGGCUGCCAGGCUCUGUUCUGUGCAUCCCAGGGGAGCGGGACGGAGCUGCCAUUGGCUCCAGCAGGGAGUGCUGACCGCCAGCCUCCUCCGAACUAUUUCCUGUUGCUGCAGCGUUAAUGCUAAACAGACCUUUCUCUCUCGUCUCUGUACAGCCAAAGUGCGGAGGCUCCGCUGCCGUCCCGAUGCCCCACAUGCGCUGUCCCCAGAGGCCCUGAGCGCAGCCAUGGAGAGCCGCAAGCAGGACAUGGAGCUGCUGAGCAACAGCAUGGCUGCCUACGCACACAUCCGAGCCAACCCUGAGAGCUUCGGGCUGUACUUCGUGCUGGGCGUCUGCUUCGGGCUGGUGCUGACGCUGUGCCUGCUGCUGCUGCGCAUCUCCUGCCGGCCCCGCACACAGCACACGGCCCGGCCCGGCCCCGCCGACCUCAGCGAGGACGAUGACGAUGACGAGGAUGAAGAGGAGGACACGGUGGACCGCGCCGCCUCCGAGUCGCUGCUGCCGAUGACCGAGAUCCCGUUGGAGCCCCACAGCCCCGGGGACGGCGCUGCGCCCAUCAACGUCUUCGCGUCGGCCGAGGAGUUGGAGCGGGCGCAGCGCCUGGAGGAGCGCGAGCGGAUCAUCCGUGAGAUCUGGCGCAACGGGCAGCCCGACCUGCUGGGUGCCGGCACUUUGGGCCGCGGCCAUUACUACUGAGCGGGGCCCACGGAAACGGGAACCCAGCCGGAGCGGGGCGGCACCGUCGGAGUUCCCUCACCCCACCGCUGUGGGACACGAUGCACUUUGAGCCGUUGGUACGAAGCCGGGCGGGGGCCGAGCAGCCCCACGGAUGAGAGCGGGGCUGCGGUGCUGCCCCCAGCACGGCGCUCUCCUGCCCGGUUCCCGUUCCUGUUUCCCUGCCCGCUGUCUUUGGCCUUUCCGGCACCGCCCGGCCCAGCGCAGCGCCGGAUGUUUCCCGGUGGGCUCAGAGCUGCUCACGUCCCCCCGGCCCGUGCUGCUCCCAGCCCCGCUGCCCUCCCUCCACAUCUACAAAAAUAGCUCCUUCCCAGCCCGGCCCCGCCGGAUCCAGAUGUUUUCCAGAUGUUCUCCCAGUCCCACGCCGGUGGCGCGAGGCCAAACUGCGCCCAGGGCUGGGGAUGGGAAAUGGAGGGGGGGAGGUGAGGAGGAGGAGGAGGAGGCACGGCUCCCUGCUCUGCUCCCAGACAGCGAUGGGGCUGUCGGGGCCCUGCACCCCCCCAGCUGUGAUCUCAGCUUCACUGGGGGACACUCAGCUACGACAACCCAGCAGAGCUGAGAGCCCCAGCCUUGAGCGCACAGCACGUGGGGCACAGAGCACAAAGGCCACAGAGCAGCAGAGGGCAGGGAGGGCGUCUGCACUGCAGCACUGAAUCCUCCUUCAGAUGGAGGCCCUCUGAGCUGGUGACACGGAACCCAUGGAAAAGGAGCUGAUGCAGCUGCAGCCAACCUACCAGCAGUGGGAGGAAACGUUUCCUCCCCGAGGCUGAAGGAGCACUGAGCACCUUUUGUCCCACGUCGGUUUAAGGGCUCCAAUUCCAGGGUGAAGGAAAACACAGACCGCAAAGCCAGGCCACCCCCCACCGGGCACAGCCUGGAGCUGAGCGAGCUGUGCCCUUCCUCUGCACUGAGAGCAGUGGAAAAACCUUUCCUGAGCAGCAGCAGCAAAGGCGGUGACCAACGCUCUCCUUCACAGCUGAUGGGCACGGAGGUUUAGUGCCAGAAAAAAGCGAGGGCUGCCAGGAGCACGGGCAGGAGGGCUGGGCUGCUGGGGGCCAAGGCAGACAUACUGAAAGACAGAAGGAAGCCGUUACACCUACUCGUUUUAUUGAGUUUUAUUUGCAUAAACAAACGCCAGGGGUUUGCUAAAGAGGAGCUGUUCGAGUCGAAAGAAACCGAGCUCUAGUUGGUGUGUG